AAAAAAAAAAUCACUUUACAUUCGAUGAAGAACGCGUUGGAAUGAGUUCGAGGCAUGAGCAGUGCUCAAGCGGUUUUGUAGUAUUGAAUUCUGCCAAGGUAGCUUUGACUUUUGCCUCAAACGAGCACAGGCAUAUUAUUAUUAUUCAAAUUCCACCAUAAAUGAGCAAGGAAAUGGAUAUGCAGAGAUAAGAAGACAGUUCACCCACAUAAAUGUUAUAAAUUGUUGGUAGGUUGCUCACCAAAACCAUAACCAAACCCCACUUGGCAACACUCAAUUUUUUUCUCCUCUUCCAAAAGUAAUAUAAUUUUGAUAUAUGGUAGAGUACAAUGGUUCAUAAUUCACAUACAACCCCAUUUGCUGAAAAAGGUGUGUGUGUGUAUGUGACUCCAAAGCACUUUUGCUUGUGUGUUUGGUGUUUUUCCCUGGGUCUCUCCCUCUUUCUCCUCUCCAUGUUCCUCAACUACUCUCAUUUAUUUCCCUUCAUUCAUUGUCUGCCUCACUUGAACACCCUGUUGCAAUCCCUGUAAAAUUUGGUAUGAGAGAGAGAACAAGGGUAAGCUCUUCAUGAGAGAGAGAGGGACAGGUGGGUGUCUUCACCUUUAAAGGCUUCAACAACCUCUCAGAGAGCAUUUAUAAUGGUGCAUCUGAUGAGUUUAGUAAGAGAGAGAAAAGUGCGAUGCAUUGUCAAGAAACAGUCUGGCCACAGUAACUGCACUAAACCAUUUCACCUAUAAAUCUUUCUCCAUAACACACACACUAUCUCAUUCUACUACUAUUAUACUACUACACUCUUUCACUCACUUCCCACUUUUUCUUUUCCUCUUUUUCCUUACACAAACAUACACACCCUUCUACACUUUCCUUCAUUCCUCCAUUUUCCAACUUUCUUCCACUCACACUCUCAUAUAAUCAACCCUUUUCAUCAAAAUGUUACUCAUUAUUCAGAGCCAUUCUUGACCAAAGGUACGGUUUUUUCAUUUUUUAAAGUACCCCAUUUUUUUAAAAUAUUUUUCCUCGUUAAAAAGCAAGAGGGAAAUUUUCUCAUCAAGUUUCUUGUAACUUUGAGCCUUUGAUUCUUUCUUGGGUUGCAAUAAAAAUGGAAACUUGCACGGCUCUAUUGCUUUUAACGGCGAUCACAGCAUACCUACUAUGGUUCACGUUCAUCUCACGGUCGUUAAAAGGUCCACGUGUCUGGCCCUUAUUGGGCAGUCUCCCGGGCCUUAUAGAGAACUGUGACCGCAUGCAUGACUGGAUCUGCGACAACCUACGCGCGUGUGGCGGCACGUACCAGACCUGCAUCUGCGCAAUCCCCUUCUUAGCCAAGAAGCAGGGUCUCGUGACAGUCACGUGUGACCCGAGGAACUUGGAGCAUAUACUCAAGACCCGAUUCGACAAUUACCCGAAAGGUCCCACGUGGCAUGCUGUGUUUCAUGAUCUCUUGGGUGAUGGCAUCUUUAAUUCUGAUGGUGACACGUGGCUUUUCCAGCGUAAGACUGCUGCACUGGAAUUUACCACUCGGACCCUACGCCAAGCCAUGGCUCGGUGGGUGACCCGAGCCAUCAAGGAUCGACUCUGCUUGAUCCUCAAGAAAGCUGAGGCUCAAGCCGAGCCAGUUGAUCUACAAGACUUAAUGCUUCGGCUCACUUUUGAUAAUAUUUGUGGCUUGGCUUUUGGGCGAGACCCACAGACUUGCGCCCCGGGGCUGCCUGAUAACCGCUUUGCCACGGCUUUCGACCGAGCCACUGAAGCCUCCCUCCAGCGGUUUAUCCUUCCCGAAGUGUUGUGGAAGGCUAAGAAAUGGCUUCGGCUCGGAAUGGAAGUCAGCUUGAGCCGAAGCCUUGUCCACGUGGAAGAACAUUUAUCAAAUGUAAUUGAAAAACGCAAAGUGGAAUUGCUGAGUCAGCAAAAAGAUGGGACCCUUCAUGAUGACUUGCUGACUAGAUUCAUGAAGAAAAAAGAAUCAUACUCGGAUGAGUUUCUCCAACACGUGGCAUUGAAUUUUAUCCUAGCUGGGCGUGACACGUCAUCAGUUGCGCUGAGCUGGUUUUUCUGGCUGGUGAUUCAGAAUCCAAAGGUCGAAGAGAGAAUUCUACGUGAGGUGUGUACGGUCUUGAUGGAGACACGUGGGAAUGACAUGGCAAAAUGGUUCGUUGAGCCGUUGGUGUUUGAAGAAGUUGAUCGUUUGGUUUAUCUUAAGGCUGCAUUGUCGGAGACACUACGGUUGUACCCUUCUGUGCCGGAGGAUUCAAAGCACGUGGUCGCCGACGACGUGCUGCCGGACGGCACAUUCGUGCCGGCAGGGUCGUCGGUGACAUAUUCGAUAUACUCAGCAGGGAGGUUGAAGUCCACGUGGGGUGAGGAUUGCAUGGAAUUUAGACCUGAGAGGUGGUUGUCAUUGGAUGGAACGAAGUUCAUCAUGCAUGACUCUUUCAAGUUUGUUGCUUUCAAUGCUGGUCCAAGGAUGUGCUUGGGGAAGGAUUUAGCUUACCUGCAGAUGAAGUCCAUCGCUGCCGCGGUCCUGCUCCGCCACCGGCUGGUGCUGGUGGCUGGCCACCAGGUUGAGCAAAAGAUGUCACUUACCCUCUUCAUGAAAAAUGGCCUCAAGGUCAAUGUCCAUGAAAGGGAUUUGAGAGGGGUUGUGUCAAGUAUACAGAAAGAAAGGGAGGGAGAUAUUGGUUUUAGAUGCAAUGAAAGUUAGUGUGGUGUUCACUAGAUGCAGCAGAGGGCAUUGGAGACUUGGCAUUGUGAAGACAAGUUCAAAUGAGGAGAAUUCAGAGACUCGGGCUUUAGCUUAUAGAACAAGAGAGAACAGAAUUUCCUAUUAAAGAAAGGUUAUAUUUAGAGUAUCUUAUAAAUUUAUAAUUCAAAUGAUAAUUGUGGAUGGAUUCUUUUUCUUGGGCUGUGGGAUGGAUGAAUGCUUUCUCAGCCAUCUUCCUUGUAGAAUCCUUGCAGAUAUUCAUUGUAUUCUUUAUUUCUUGUUUGCUUUCAUGUUUCUAUUUAAUUUUACUGUUUGUAAGAGCUAAACUCACAUUUCACAUUGUUGAAUGUUGAUGUUUAUAAAAGAAUUGCCUUACGUUUUAU